CCCAAGUCUCCUACCAUUUGAUUCUCGUUCAACGACUUUCGUUUUGGAAUCGUGUUAUGCGCUUAUUUAUUAUAUAGCUAUCUUCAGAGUUGCAAUUCCCAUCAUCGCAGACCAGCUCAAUUAUUAACCCUCUCAUCACUGAGCAAAGCGGUAUCACUCCAACUCCCCACCUAUCAAGCCGUUAUCAACCCCUCCGCACGUCAAUAUCCCCAAACAUACACACUCUCUAUAAUUAUACAACAGGCUCAUAUUGACAAAACUACGGAUUCGUCGUAUCUAAGCGAAACAUAUAGAAGAGAAGGAGAUGUCUAAUUCAACCCCCUUUCAAUUCCCCCCGACCUACUCGUUCCCUCCAUUCUUCACCCCCCAACCGAACAGCACAACACGACUCUCACAGCUCCAGAAAUGGUCUUUAUUGAUUCAGUCUUGGUGUCGCCAUCACCGAACAUACCGUCUUUCCUUAAUAGAAGCCAUCGAGUCGCCGUUAUUCCAUAAUUCCACGCUGCGGAAGCGAAUACCACUGUCCGAGGCGCGAAAUAUCCUGGACUGGAUGGCAGAGAGCGAAGAGAAGGGUGGAGGAGGUCGGAGGGCGGAGUGGGUUGAUGGGGCAAAUAAGACGAUUGCUUGGGUUUGGUGGAGGAGGCCGGAGGAGUGGGCGGGAAUUCUGGCAGAUUGGAUUGAGAAUACCGGACAAAAGAAUGUGGUUUUGACGGUUUAUGAAUUAGUUGAAGGGGAGGCAACUAUGUCACAAGAAUGGCAUGGCAUGGAUGUAGAUGUUAUGAUGAAGUCGCUCAAUGUCCUCGUGAAACGGGGCAAGGCCCAGGUCUUUGGUAAUGAGGGCCAGGAAGGUGUUAAGUUUUUCUGAUACAAGCAAUUAUCUAGCGCAGGCGUUGA